CGUACUGUGCACUAUCGAAUUUAAACCAGCCUCCGAUUUUGGAUGUACUAUCUUUAAUGUAAAUGAUACAUUCCGAUAAGCUAAUAAACACGGGCUUUGUGACAUUGUGCAGUAAUUCGGUGGGGUUUAAAACUAUGAAUUGUUCCUUAGUGCACACUUGAAGUUGUUUGCUUUUGAAUUAUUUAUUUGUGUACUGGUUUUAGAAAUUGAAGUCGUGGAGUUGAUAUGUUAAUAUGUGCAGGUAGAUUUGUAAUCACCUGUUUAAAGUUCACAGGCAGGCGGUUGGUGUACGGUGGAACGUUUAUGUAACAUUGGAUUAUAUCUUUUCGAUAAUUUAGCUUUAGCAAAUUUUACCUUAAUCAACAAACAGUUAUCGGUUUAAACAAACAGAUGUACGUGUUUACGCGUUUCAUCGCUAGUUGAAAUGAAAAUAAAACAGGAGUUCAACAAACAAGGUUAUUUUUUUAAAAAAACAUUUGAAAUAAGUAUUGGAUGUGUUUUCUGUCAUGGACCGGUACUGACCACUCAGAAAAGGCCUAAGGAUCGUGAUGUGCGCUUUGAGUUAAUAAUUAAAAAAAAAAUAUGAAAUGGAGUAUACAGACGGAAUUUGCAGGGACAGGCUUUUUGAGUUACCAGUGAAUAUAUUUAAUGUGUUCUCAUGUUCCAUGUGUUAUAAAUAUCUUUUUCAUUCGGGAAAUAAAUUAACGCCUAAAACUGAAAAACCGUGGAUGCUUGUUCCCACGGAAAGUGAACUGACACAUUACCCUGAAAACUUUUCCGUCUUAGCUGACGUUAACGACCCCAAUUAUCAUGACAGUAUAUGUAACUCACUUAACCAUGACGACUGCACGCGCUGGACUGACUGCUGCCAGGCAGCAAUAAGAUGUUGUCAAAAACAGUUAAACACCCCUCUGAGUAACGUCACUUCCGUUGUGUUCUGUCCACGCACGUGGGACGGGUACAGCUGUUUUGACGACGUCCUGCCCUCUACUCGAGUACAGCUUUCAUGUCCCAGCUACAUAGAGCAUGGAUCCACAUCCGCAUACGCAUACAAAGACUGUACAGAAAAUGGUACAUGGUGGUUGAACCCGGUUACAGGCUCGGAAUGGACGAAUUACACAACAUGUGUACCGAAACAGGAUUACCAAACGGUGGUUUAUGUGGCGCUGGCGUGUAACAUCCUCAGUCUCCUCCUCCUUAUACCAGCCUGCGCCAUCCUACUUGGCAUCAGGCCGCUGAGGGUGCAGAAAAGAAUCAAGCUUCAUCUCUGUUUGUUCCUGUCCUUUAUAUUCGCUUCCAUAGUCACUGUCACGUGGGAUGUCGCUGUCUACCUGGAUCGAUUGCAGAACGAACGGACAGACACUGUUAUGCACCGAAAUUCUGCGAGCUGUAAGCUACUGUACAUACUGACACGGUACGUUAGCACGGCAAACUUCUUUUGGAUGUUUUGUGAGGGUUUGUACCUCCAUCGACUUAUCGUCCACGCCUUCUCGCCUCCUAAAACACUCAUACCAUACUUUAUAUUUGGCUGGGUUGGUGCCUGGAUUCCAUCUCUGAUCUAUUCUGUAAUCAGAGCUACAAAACAGGAAUAUAAUUCAAGUUGCUGGGUACACAACAUAGGCCCAUUUGAAUGGUUACUCUACACACCCAAUCUGCUUUGUAUCGGGGCAAAUGUCCUCUUCCUUGCAAAUAUAUUGAAAAUCUUAUGCUCUAAAUUGCAAAUACACCCAAAUGAACCGAAGAAUUACAGGAAAGCGUUAAAAGCGACGUUUGUAUUAGUGCCUUUGUUUGGUCUCCAACAGUUCCUUGUGAUAUACAGACCCCCGCCUGGGACCACGCUGUCGUUUACGUAUGAGAUACUGCAGAAGGUCAUUCAAAAUACACAGGGGGCGACAGUGGCGUUAAUUUUCUGCUUUUUCAACGGCGAGGUUUAUACAAACAUGAGGAAUUGUAUAGGAUCUCACAUAAACAUCGGCACGUCAUCUAAACAUCAUAAUCGUAAAAACAGCAUGUCUUCUGCAACACAAGUAACGUCAUACACAUCUUCUGCAAGACGAAGCACGAAAUGCAAGGACAAUUCUGAUAAAAGUUAUAUGCCACUCAGUACUAGUAGUACCACGCAGGAGCCUACAACACCGACAAAUGGUCACGUGACAUUUUCUGUAUGACCUCAGAACUGUUAAAGCCGAGUGACAGUUAUAUACUGACAAAUGUUCUGAAUAUCCGUUCAGCGAAACUUAUGUUUGAUUGUGCAUUGUACAGUAAAGCCUACUAUUUAAUUUACAAAGUGAAAUUCAUAUGUCCAGAGUUAUUUUCUAAUCAAUAUGCCCAGAGUUAUUAUCUAAUCAUUGUGCACGUCUUGCAUGUGAUCCUUCUAAUCAAAAGCAGUAAGGCCAUUUGAAUUUGGUAAGCUGACAGAUGAAAGUAAAAUAUGUUCUUUUUUUCUUGUUAAGAAUAUAUUUUAUUCUGUCAUAUCUCCGUUUGUCAUGAUUGUUUAAUAAAUGCAACAAUGCAAAUAGUUACCAUUUAUUUAAAUAUUAUUGCAAAUGAAAUUAUUUGACAUGGACAAUCCAAUACAAAUGUAAGUUGAUAAAGACAAAAAUGAGUUGAGUGUCAUACAACAAACUUGACAUAUGAAAAAACAAAUUGAACAUACGCAGCAAUAUUGAAAUAGUUGUUUGAAAGUUAUCACGGAAAACUGCC